AUCAGUUAUCUAAUUGUACACAAUCUGGUGAUACAUGUGUCCCAAAGCUAAUUAUUUUUUCGUUAUGUGUUUUAAUAAUGCUACGGGUUACUGUAUAGAUAGCAAUAUGAACUUUAUUAUUACGAGUGCUCUAUGAAACAUACAACGUCGUUGUUGUACUAAACUGAACCAAUUAUUUUCAAACUCAGCGAUAUCGAGUCACAUUCCUGUUCAACAAUCACACGACGCCCAAUGAUUAAUCUGUUUUCUAUUAUAUCAAUUGAGGCAAGUGCGCAUGCGAGGAGUUGCAUUAUUAGAACAACUAUAACUGGGAACGGACAGUUUCAUUAGCGGAAAACAACGCGACCGUUGUGCUUACAAAAACCAUGUCCCGUGGAAACUAAACUUGUAUCGAGAAGUUAACAACCCGAGUGAAUAUGUCUCGCCAGUCCUCUUUUUCUGAUAAAAAAGUGGAAAAUCAAAAUAAUAGCAAAAAUGUAUUGAACUUUGAUACGAGUAUAAGCAUCUCCAAAACGUGAAGGCAAAUAUAGCAAUGUUAUAAGAAGAUUUCGCUCGACAUUACCAACCCUAUCAGAACUGAAACAAUAUGUAGCAGUUAUCCUCUGUGGUUUGUUUCUUUGGGGCACAUCGUGGUUCCUCCUCAAAGAUCUAGUCCUGCCUGGAGGAUGUUUGUUCAACUUUACUGUGAUGAUAGUAAUGGGAUACGCCUUCGGUCACACUUUGGAAAGAUACACAACAAUAAGCCCUGUUGUCGGGAUGACUUUAAUGGGAGCUCUAUGUAGAACCCUCGUCCCGGUAAACUUCCUGGAAAAUCCAACUGCAGACGCGAUAGAUUUUCAUCUUAGACGAAUCUAUCCAGUUAUAAUUCUGACAAAGGGCCCACUCACGUGGAAUUGGGAAUAUAUAAAAAGCAAUUCCGUGAAAGUUUUCUCAUUGGCGACCCUUCCCUGGAUCGUCGAGUGUUUGUCGACGGCCUUCUUCACUCAUGUGCUUCUCGGAUUCCCUUGGUACUGGGGUCUUCAUCUGGGCUCUAUACUGGCUUCAGUUUCACCAGCUGUGGUCGUUCCUACUGCAAAUGCGUUGAAUGCUAAAGGAUUAGGUUCAAAAAAUCAAAUAGCACUACUUGUUGGAAAUGCUGGCGGAUUAGACACAGCAUUCACCGAAGGCAUGUUUGGAGUCAUCAACAGUGCAAUAUUCUACCCAUCGGCUCCCAUUUACAGGAUAGUCAAGGCUUUACUUGCAAUUUUCGUCGGCAUCGGCUUAGGAGUGGCGUGGGGAGUGUUGGCUGAUAUAUUGCCGGACCACAAUGAUUUGUACGCUCCAACAAUACGUACUCUCCAUAUUUUCUCUGGGGGCAUUUUCAUCAUGUAUGCCGGUGGUUACUUCGGAUGGGGUGGCGUUUCAGGUGUAGCCGUAAUGGUAUGCGCGUGCGCUGCUGGGACGCGGUGGGCGCGGCGCGACUGGCCCACCAACAACAACCCUGUCGCCGAGGUUUUUAAACUGCUGUGGAGGAUCUUCGAACCCAUGCUCUUUACGCUUAGUGGGUACUUCUUGGAGGUAUCUGGUUUAACUGCGAGAGAUUUUGGGCUGUUUCUAGCUUGCAUAUUUUCUGCGCUUCUGAUUCGAAUGCUAACAGCAUUUUUGGUGGCUCUGGCUAAUGGCCUAACUAUAAAAGAGAGUAUCUUCAUCGCUAUCACUUGGAUUCCAAAGGCCAUUGUGGAGGCUGUACUGGUACGAGUAGCCACAGACUCAUUAUGGGCAGAGGGUUCCACAGCGCAGGAUAAGUGGAUAGCCAAGCAGCACUCGAACAUCAUAGUCAUAGCCAUAAUACUUACAACUUUGUUAGGUUCAUUAGGAACUACUACUUUGGGACCCAUUUUACUUUCACGCGACACAAGGAUAUCUCCUGCAGAACUCAGCCAGCCAAGAUCACCAUCUUCGCCGCAAUCAACCGACUUCGUCAGAGCAAACAGUACUCUUGAUUCUUUGCAAUAUAUAGACGCGCAAUAAAAUGUUUUAAAUGUA